GCAAAACAAAUUUGGCCACGGGAGACGGGUAGUACAGCCUCACCUUUAGGUCUUUUUUGUCUUAAGUUCCUAGUCCAAUGGUUUGUAUUCGAUAAAUAAUACAAACCAUAAGAACUUGUAAAGCAAUACUGGCAUCGUCGUCAGACUCGGAAGACGGUGGUGUGUCGCCCCCACCGCCUAAAAAGCAGCGAUUGUCAGCCUCAAACAUGCAGGCAAAUUUUAAUGGCUGCCAACAGCACAAUGGAGAUACGACUGAAGAAAUCGCUUCGACUUCGCAGCAAAAUGGGGCCUGUUCUGCUACUAAUGGCAUAUUGUCAUCUGAGACAGAGAGAGAAACGUCUAUGAAAUCUAUGUCGAGGACUGACCAAGACAUUGUCCGAUUAAUCGGUCAGCACUUGAGGGGACUCGGACUGAAUCGCACAGCUGAACAGCUGAUUGCAGAGUCGGGAUGUAUGCUAGAGCACCCAGCUGCUGCCAAAUUCAGGUCCUAUGUUAUGGAUGGGGAUUGGAAAGAGGCAGAGACAGCCCUGAAUGAACUGAAGUCCCUAGUAGAAUGUGCCCAAGGCCUUCUAAAGAUGAAGUUCCUGCUGCUGGAACAGAAGUACCUAGAGCAGCUCGAGGAUGGACGAGUCCUGGAGGCCCUCAGCUGUCUACGCCAUGAGCUCACCCCCCUCAAGUACAACACUGAGAGGGUGCACAUUCUCAGCUCGUACAUGAUGUGCAGCACCCCAGAGGAUUUGCGCGACAUGGCCGACUGGCAGGGCAAGGGCCCUGAGUCGAGACAGAGGCUGGUGGAGAAACUACAGUCCUUUCUGCCCCCCACAGUAAUGUUGCCACCUCGCCGUCUGCUGACACUACUCACACAGGCAGUGGAGCUGCAGAAGGAGAAGUGUCCCUACCACAAUACCCGUCUGGACAGUGGGCUGGAUGCAGUCUCACUACUCCUGGACCACGUCUGCACCAAGGACCAGUUUCCAUGCAACACAAUACAGAUUCUCAAUGACCACUGUGACGAAGUGUGGUUCUGUCGCUUCUCACCAGAUGGCACCAAACUCGCCACCGGCUCAAAGGAUUGCACAAUGAUUGUGUGGGAUGUAGAUCUUGAAACUCAUGAAUUACGACACAGAAAGACAUAUGACAGCCAUCCAUAUGGAGUUGCCUACAUAGCAUGGAGUCCUGACAGCUCACACAUUGUUGCAUGUGGCCCAGACGACUGCUCCGAGCUGUGGAUCUGGAAUGUUGAGACAGGAGAUCUACGUCAGAAGCUGAGUCAAUCCCCAGAGGACAGUCUGACGAGUGCGUCCUGGCAUGUAGACGGCAAGAAGUUCGUCACAGGAGGCACAAGAGGCCAGUUCUAUAUUUGUGAUAUUGAUGGCACUGUGCUGGACAACUGGGAGGGUGUUCGGGUCCAGUGUCUGGGUUGCCAAGGAGACGGCAAAACAGUGUUGGCAGCAGAUACACACCAUCGAAUCAGGGGAUACAACUUUGAUGAUCUGACAGACUUCAAUAUUAUUCAAGAAGACCAUCCCAUAAUGUCUUUCGCAAUCAAUGAAACAGGCAGAUUAGCAUUACUCAAUGUAGCCACUCAGGGAGUCCAUUUAUGGGACUUAAAAGACAAAAUAUUACUGCGCAAAUUUCAAGGUAUCAGUCAGGGUUUCUACACAAUAUUCUCAUGUUUUGGUGGCUUGAAUCAAGAUUUUGUAGCCAGUGGCAGUGAAGAUCAUAAAGUUUACGUGUGGCACAUCCGGCGAGAGUCACCAAUUGCCGUGCUGGAGGGUCACGCGAGGACAGUUAAUUGUGUUCAUUGGAACCCCCGACUUCCAGGGAUGGUGGCGAGUGCUUCCGAUGACGGCACUGUCCGGAUAUGGGGACCUCUCGACAGAAUUAGAAUAGGUAACACAAGUGAAUCGGGACGGAGCACACCAGUAUGACCAAGGCCUUCUAUAAGCUGUGUAUGAUAUUUGUGUACAGUAGACAUUUUGAUACGUAUCUACCAACUGUAGCAGAAUACGGAAGCAGGUAGCUAGCAGAGUUGUUCCUAAUGGUGACAGAUUGUCAGUUCAUGGUGUCUUGGGUUUUCUUGUCCUUCAGGACACAACAGUUAUCUCCCUUAGUUUGUUCCGGUGCUGUUGUCUGCUACCCAGAUGUUUUCAAUGCAGAGUACUGACUACUCUGAAUUCAAACUAGUUGACUAUACAUUUGUCUCAGUCGCAUUUGUCUUUUUCUUCGAUUAAUAGACAAUAUGCAUUUUCCUGUUUUGUUGUUCUGAAGAGAACAUUUUGUGAGUUUAGAGAAAAUGGUCACUGGAAAAUACUGUUUUAAUAGGUAUAAGAGAAAGAUUACCUUGAAGGGUAUGCUUAUGAAAAGUAGUCGAAUUUGCACUUUCGGUUAAAUAGCCCUCAUCUUAACACUAAGGGACUAUUUUGGCAGUUUACCUACAGUAAAUAUUGAUAUGUUUUGUAUCAUUUUAUAUCAAACCAACCAACUGACCAAACAGUAGUACUAGACAUGUAGUUGCUAAAAUCAAAUGGCCACUAAAUGAAACCCCACAAUCACCUGAACACGGAAAAGGCCACUUUGUAGUUGAUUGGUCUUACAAUGUCAUAUUUUCGUUUUACCGACCACUGGUUGAAACCUUGCUGAAGACGAUUACAAUUCAGCGACUGCCAGUUGUUCAAGCUGAUUAUGAAAUUAUUUGUGGAUGUUAAAUAUGCUGUACAGUUUAUUUCACUGGGUAGCAGCAAUGCACUGAGUUCAGGUUAGAUGUGAUGUGUGGAGCACUGUUGCUAUGGUUACUAUGGGUAUUACUGGAGUGAAGUCACCAUGUCCGCACACAAACUGCCAGAAGGUCACUCGCUCACGGAAAAUCGUUGUUAACAAAGUUGUUUUUCAGGGGAAAUGUCAGAUUUGUGAUAUUAAUGCUGUGCUUAACUAGAUGAGAAGGUUGAAAUGUUUUGAAAAGCUUUUACACGAAAUUAGGGACAGACAUUUUAUAUGCCUUUUAGAAGAAAGUCUCUACCUCACUGUGGUAGAAAAUUUUAGUUUUCUGUAAAAUAUACAUCUUUAAAAUA